AUGGCAUCUUUUCUUGCCAGUAUUUAUGGAACAGAACAAGAUAAAGUUAAUUGUUCUUUUUACUUCAAAAUUGGAGCAUGUCGUCAUGGAGAUCGUUGUUCAAGAAAACAUGUUAAACCUUCAUAUUCACAAACUAUUCUUUGUCCAAACCUUUAUCAAAACCCAGCACAUGAUCAGCAGAACCAACUCAAUGAACAACAAAUCGCACAACAUUUUGACUCUUUUUAUGAAGAUAUGUAUGCAGAAUUUUGCAAAUAUGGAGAACUUGAAAAGGUGGUUGUAUGUGAUAAUGUUGGAGAUCACCUUAUUGGAAAUGUCUACGCACGAUUCAAAUAUGAAGAAGAUGCACAAAAAGCCGUCGACUCUCUCAACUCACGCUGGUAUGCUGCUCGGCCAGUCUAUGCAGAACUGUCACCGGUAACUGAUUUCCGUGAAGCCUGCUGCCGUCAACAUGAAACAUCUGAAUGUAUGAGGGGCGGUUUUUGCAAUUUCAUGCACUCAAAAAAACCAAGCCCUGCACUUCUUCGUGAUCUUGAACUCAGUCAGAGGAAAUAUCUUCGUUUGCAAGGAAAAGAUCGUAGUCCUACAAGGAGUCCAUCACCUAUUAGAAGAGAUAGAAGACGUUAA